AUGCGCUCUUACACUCAGUACGAAAACUUCUUCCCAGCGUGGGAUCACAUCAUCAAGGAGCAGCUCACCAAUAACUGCACCGAGCCUCUGAACAACUACAAGAACCGGUCAAAUCCAACUCGACAACUAGGCUAUCAAGUAAUAGACUGUAUUCUGGAUACAAUGCCAGAGUUCCGCAAGGCUGAACUUGCCUCAGCCGCUGUUAUUCUUGGUCUCGCACCUACAGUCCUUCAGUUGAUGAGUGCAUCGUAUCUCGACACCGCUAUGCUUGCGUAUCGUCGACCCGUGCUCGCCUCUUUGCUCUCAAUGUCCAGUUCGGGAGUGAGACCUCUCACAGCCACAGAGUACGAUGGUUUUAUAACUGCGAUGGGUACUGAUCCAUUUCAUACCAACUUUGGCAAACCGCAAUCAGUAUGGGCACCCGCUGUUGUGUCUAUGCUGGAGUACACUGUUGCUUCUGCAGCUGUUGCCAACAACGCCUAUCUUGCAUAUGAGCUUAGCACAUUGGCAGUCUGUACGUUUUCACCUGCAGAAGACUUCCUUCCUGCCGUAUGGACCGCUGCAGCUGUGGCGAUACAUUUAGGUGGAUACCUCGCUGCCAGAUUGAAGAUCUCCGUCAAGGGGAAGGGUGCGGGGGAAGGAAAUAGCAACCAGGGCCAGUUGUUACGAAGGGUCUGGGCUGAGCUUACACCUACUCCUUGGCAGAGUAGACUCGAGAUCAAAACAAAUGAUAAGCACACAGGCUGGUUUCUAGUGCUGGUAUCUGCUCUCUAUAUAGGCGAUGCGCUACAGGCUUUCUACGGGACUCUGAUCCUUUCGAGUUUGGUGUUUAUAAGUGUCAGGGACUCGGCUAUCAUUGUGAUACGGUUGAUGGCGAGUGCUCUUUUUGCCAGAGGUAUUCUCAUUUAUGAGCUGGCUGGGUUCAGAAUGGAAAGAGACGGGGAUGGUGAAUCUGGGAAGCCUCAUUACUCGGCGGUAGAAACGCAGUGA